AUGCCCAGGAACUCCCCUGAGGACUGCCUGGGGGAGGCGGUCCAGAGACGACUGGCGUCCAGUGUGAGCCUGUCCGGCGGCCUCUGUCUGCACAUUCCCCAGCAGGACGCUGCACCUGCCAGGCAGGUGGGGGCACCCUGUCCAGCGGCCAAGGGGCCAGGGGUUGCUGACUCUAGCCAGGCCCAGCCGAGCCUGCCUGCUCACCGGACCCUCAACCUCAGGGGCCCCGGUCUGCAGGUGGGGGGCAGGGGCUGGGAGACGGUGGGGGUACUAGCGCUGCGGAAAGCGGAGCGGGUCCCCCAGCAGGAAGCGGUCUCACCGGUCUGGACUCGCAGUGCCCGUCGGCUCGGGCCAGCCAGGCACAGACCUCCUGGUCUCUACCCCAGAGAGCUGACCCCCACCCCGCCCCGCCUUCUGGACCGUCUCCUCCAGGGUGCUGUGCCCCCCACUCCACAUCCCCCAGAGGUCUCAUCCUGCGACCUGUGCCACCUGGCCCCCCAAUGA